AUGGCAAUCACAGUAUUUGGUGGGCCAGCGCCUCCGCGCACGCUGCUGAUUAGCUCGCUAGUAGCUGCGAAGGAGGGCAAGUACCAAGAUGCGGUAACACGUCUCCAGUCGCAGAGCUGCGCAUUCGAGACUGAAAUGGUGGACCGGAUAACAGAUAUGAACUACGCGCCUGCGGCAGAAUCAUACGAUAAGGGCUACAUAUUGACGCCGUACGAAGGUGUCGCAUGGAGCACGCUGUUGCCCAAAGUGCACGCAGCGCUCGCUCCGAAAGCACAGCUCCAAGUCUCGCUAGUUGAUACCAAUGACAUUCAAGCUGCACUACGGCUAAUCAAAGCAGAGGCGGCGAUUGCGGGUUUUGCGAAUGUUCAAAUCGAAGGGCCCGAUAGUGUACUCAUUGCCGAACGGCCAGUCCCUACAGCAGUCUCGCUGAAUAAAGCACUCGGUGCGAACGGUGCAGUGCCGCUGCGCCGCUUGAAUGGUGCGAUGCUGAAUGGCGUGAAUGGCGUCCAAGGAACGCGCGAGAAAAAGGCCGCGCUUUGGGCCACACAGCCGGACACACACAUUGACGAGGAUAUGCUGUUGGGCGAUGAUGAAGCAGGCCCCCGCAAGCGCGAGGAUUGCACGGUGGAUCUUACUGUGCCUCCAGCGCGGCGGAAGAAGGCCUGCAAGGGAUGUACUUGUGGUCUUCGUGAACUCGAAGAGAACGAGCUUUCCAGCUCGAUUGUCAAGCUUGAUCAAGGAGAGCUUGGCGGGAACCGUACAGAGGUUGAUUCUGUCGUGACUGAUCGCGAUGGCCAACGUCGCAAUGUGAAGCGAGUCCAAGUGGAUACCCGGGGCGCAACGAGCAGCUGUGGCAGCUGUUUCUUGGGUGAUGCGUUCCGCUGCAGCACCUGCCCGUAUUUGGGUCUACCUGCUUUUGAGCCCGGACAAAAAGUGGAAAUUCCUGUAUCGAUGGACGACGAUAUUUGA